UCUGGGAACGGAAGCGGAACUUGGUUAGUGUGGGGGAAUAGAAGUGGCGCGUGGGUCUAGGUUCUUCGAAUUGCGGCUAUGGGUCGAGUCAAACACCAGGAAUCAGAGGAGACCGAGGCAACAACCCCAGAACGGUCGUACCACGAGCUGGUCGCAAACGUAAAUGCUAUUGCGCGGCCGCUAGCUUCUCGGAAGCUCACACGCAAACUCUACAAGUGCAUCAAAAAAGCAUCGAAGUUUAAACAAAUCCGGCGAGGGGUGAAAGAAGUCCAGAAAUUCAUCAACAAAGGCGAAAAAGGAAUCACAGUUCUUGCAGGAGACACAUUGCCUAUUGAUGUUUAUUGCCACAUCCCCAUCAUGUGUGAAGACAGGAGUCUUCCCUAUGUAUAUAUUCCAUCUAAAACGGAUUUGGGAGCAGCGGCAGGCUCAAAACGCCCAACCUGCGUUAUCAUGAUAAAGGCUCAUGAGGAAUAUCAAGAAGCUUACAACGAGUGCUUGGAAGAAGUGGAGGCUCUCCCCCUUCCUUUGUGAAGAACAUUAAUAACAGACACUAUUAAGAUUCCAAUAUGAUAUAAUAUGCUGGAUUCUAUAGACUUUAUGUGGUUAAAUAUCAGUUUCAUGCCAGCCUUGAUUGUUGAGCUGAGGAAUAUAUCAAAUGACUUACUGAGAGUCCAGGAAUCAUGGCAGCUAUGCUGUUAAUCGUCUAUUUUUGAAGAGUUUGGGUAGCAAUACUUGCUGGAAAUUUGUGUUGGUUCUCAACCUGUGGGUCGGGACCCCAUUUGGGGUCGAACGACCAUUUCACAGGGGUCGCCAAACAACGCAGUCCGCCAUUUUUUUCCCCCUUUUCCUUAGCUGUGCUACUCCCUUUUAUUCU